AUGGCCAUUGUGAAGAUUAUAAUUGAGGGGAAUGAAGUAAGGCUAUUAAAUAAUUUCAACCAUUUUAUUGAUUUCCUGUCGUCAUUAUUUAAUGUUCCUAUAUGUAAAAAAUUUAAUUUUCCUGAACAUGAAACAAAAUAUAACUUUUUAAAAAAAUAUACCAACAACACUUCUGUAAAUCGAGCUAAUGAAUAUUUUAAAAAAUUAAUUGAGUCUAUAUCUGUUGUGUUCUGGAAAGGCCGAAAAUGGAAAGGUACCUAUUGGCCAAGCAAAUGGAAGUGGUAUCAUAGACACGGUUAUUGGGCUACCAGAAAGAAGCUUCUAAGUUUCGAUAAAUAUAGACCAUACAGAUAUCAUGAAGUUAAAGGAUAUGGAAAACCUAAGUUGAAGUUCUGGCAAGACUAUUCUUAUUAUAGGCCCUUGAAGCAAACAACAAAAUUUUGGUAA